GUGACAAAAAUGUAUGUUUAAAAGUUUUGAAGCAGAAUGCAAACAAAUUUGUAAGAUUUAUUCUUCGCGCCAAUGUUUAAAUUUCAACUGCGGCUGCCAACUGAACUAGCUCCCCAAUGGAGUCCCAUCCCUGACUUAUCGCACCUGGGCGGUUAUCGGAUUUUUUUCGCCACUAAUUUGUUGUUGUUUGGCACGCAGGAAGAAAAAGGAAUAUAACAUUUGGAAAACCGUGCGAAAAUUGUUUUUCCCCACGGGUCCACUUAGUUAUCAUAGUCCGCGAAAAGAGUCCGUUGUAAUGGCCGCGAUCCUACGUUUCUGAGGACUGCCCCGUCACCACGGUUUGCCGAAGGGUAGUCCCGGGUUAUAACACUGGAAAAUCCAGUGUUUUGUGCAAUCAAAUGAUAGUGGCACAUAUUCGAACAUCGCAGCUUAAGCCCGAGCUGCAAUGAUCUCGCCGGAGCAAGAAGAGGUAAAUAUGGUCCUGGAUCGCCAUGUACGGCAGAAUAUCCAGGACAUGAUGCACGAGGCUCAUGUCCAGGCGAGCCUGCUGGAGAGCGAGGCUGCAGGACGUGACCGUUUCCACUCGGACUCGAGCUUGGACCAGGAUUCUCUUCACGCCGAAGAUUCCAUGGCUGUGAUGGACUCCUUGUCCGCCGAUGGCAUCGUGGAGGAGGAUCUGACCACCGAGCAGGGCGCCAGCCAGGUGCAAAACUACCAUGACAUGAUGGUGGACACUGAUCACCACAUCGACAUCAAUGGGUCGCUGCGCAAACGUCGCGGAAAUCUGCCCAAGCACUCUGUAAAGAUUUUGAAGCGCUGGCUGUAUGAGCACCGCUAUAACGCCUAUCCGAGCGAUGCGGAGAAGUUCACCCUGUCCCAGGAGGCCAAUCUGACGGUGCUUCAAGUGUGUAACUGGUUCAUCAAUGCCCGUCGCCGUAUUCUACCCGAGAUGAUCAGGCGCGAGGGCAACGAUCCCUUGCACUUCACCAUAUCGCGACGUGGCAAAAAGGUUAGCCCCAACUGUUCGGGCUCUAGUGCAUUGGGCCUAAACUUGACUGGGCCGAAUCCCGCACAUGGAAGCCCCGCUUCCGAAGUGGUCGUUGGCGCCACAGAGGAGGUGGACGGCGCCGGUGAGAUACACGAGGGCAUCGCCAAUGUGCUGACCAACUUUGAGCAGUAUGUGCAGGGCCCCAACGGACAAAUGGUGAAGAUGGAGCCAGAGUACGAGGACAGCGUCAUCUACAGUUGGCAGCAGGCCAUUGCAAACAACCCGAUGGGCUUUCAAAGUCUUCACUCCUCGCUUCAAGCAACCAUGAUCGAUAAAAUUCAAAACUAUCAGAUGCGCAAGGCUGCCGCCAUUGGGGGUUCGUCUGGCUCCGGUGGUGCUGGUGGUUCGAAUUCCAACUCCAAUUCAGCCACAUCCAUACUGCCAUACAGCCUUUUUGGCCAGCUGCCGCCAGAGUUCGAUGACGAAGAAAAACCAAGUCCUCCGAAGCGCGUAAGAAAGCGGCAGGCUACCGCAAAGACGCCCGGAGAGAAAACCAAGCAAGCAAAGCAAAAGACUGGGAAUAAGCAAGAAAUCAUGUACUGCUAUCAAGAUGCGUUCGGCGGAUUCGUGGUGGCUCCUAGGUCCGAGGGCGAAGAGAGUGGACAGGGAUACGAGUCCUGUGAGCAGAACAGCGAGGAGGAAGUACGCUUCGAGACCUCCGACGAUUGGCAGAGCGUGAUGAAAACUGUAUUUGGUACUGAGGAAGUAAGCACUUCGGCUGGCAAUAAUCCAAGUACCUCUGGCUCUAAGGAAUCUGCUCAGAACACCGCCUUCUGGAAUCCCAAUCAGCAGACUGCCAAGCGUGACGUGAACCAACAGUUGACCGACUUCAAUAACGAGUUGAUACAGGCCUCAGAACUGCAGGCUAUCGAACCAACCAGUUCCAAUCAACAGGACAUCGGCGACAAUCUGCAGGCAGACGAGGUGUUCCCCAGUGCCGAAGCAGAAACUGGCCAGAAUCAAUUAUCGGCAAUAUCCCAGGGCACCAGUCCAGAUGAGCGUGACAAGUACAAGUGUCUCUAUUAUCUAGUGGAAACUGCCAUGGCUGUGCGCCAAAACGAUGACGUCCAGGACGACGAUUUUGUUUACAUGGGAGACUAGAGCCCUAAACCAAAAAAAAAAAAACACGCAACAGAUCCCGACUUUCCGAUGUGCCGAGGCGUGUAUAUAUAUAUAUAUAUAUACAUAUAUAUUUAAGUAAUUUAAUUCAAGAGCAGCCUAAAAUUUGGCUCUAACCCCUGUUACUGCGUUAAUUGAGUAGGUUACUAACAUAAUGUACAAAUCUAUAGAUCAAUUAGCAAUGCAAUCGCCCAGUCAAAUACCCAUAUCGACACCAAGUCAAUUCGCGAACAAAUCGGCUUAGUUUUGGACCUGACUCUUUCAAACUAAACACGAUUAUGUAUACAACUGAUACUUGAAUAAACCAAAAACCCACGCAUUUGCAAUACACUUUGCCAUACAAA